CAUUCAGGCUGAGACGCCCAGAGAUCCAGCCCAUGCGUCCAGAGAGCCAACAGUUCACCGGAACAUCACAGAGAGGAGGAUCUUAUUCCCCCCCCCCGUUAAUUCAGCGAGUCCUUCCCGAGGAAGUGAGACUUACUUCAGAGGACACAGCGGCUGAGGACACGGUUCUCCUGCUAGCUACGGGAUGCUCUGGACGAGAAUGGAGCUGCCAUGUUGGUGUUUGUUGCUGCUGAGCUGCCUGCAGUUACUCUCAGCCCACAAUGAUUUCUUCACCUCCAUAGGCCAGAUGACAGAUCUGUUGUACACUGAGAAAGACCUUGUCACGUCUCUGAAGGAUUACAUCAGAGCGGAGGAGAACAAACUGGAGCGGGUUAAGCGGUGGGCCGACAAGUUGGAUUCCUUGACAGCAACAGCCACACAAGACCCAGAAGGGUUUUUGGGUCAUCCCGUCAAUGCCUUCAAACUGAUGAAGAGGCUGAACACAGAGUGGGGGGACCUGGAGAGUCUUGUACUUAGUGACACCACUGAUGGAUUUAUCUCCAACCUGACCAUCCAGAGGCAGUACUUCCCCACAGAGGAGGACCAGACUGGAGCGGCUAAAGCUCUUCUCCGGUUACAAGACACCUACAAGCUCGAUGCCAACACCAUUUCCACAGGAGACCUUCCUGGCGUGAAGCACAAGAGCCAGAUGACAGUGGAGGACUGUUACGAGCUGGGUAAAAUAGCCUACUCAGACGCCGAUUACUACCACACGGAGCUGUGGAUGGCGCAGGCCCUGAAACAGCUCGACGAGGGAGAGGAAUCCACCAUAGACAAGGUGACGGUUCUGGACUACCUGAGUUAUGCAAUCUACCAGCAGGGGGAAAUAGAGCGAGCGCUGGAGUACACCUUGAGGCUGCUCAAACUGGACCCGGAGCACCAGCGUGCAAAGGGCAACGUGAAGUACUUCGAGUUCCAGCUGGAGAAGCAGAAAAAAGAGGAAACGGCUCGGACGCAGGAGGAGAGUGGAAAGAGGGUCACGAGCGAAAAGAACAAGAAAAAGAAGCAAAAUAACUCUUUCUCUCUGAUCCCAGAGAGGAAGAAGUAUGAGAUGCUUUGUCGAGGGGAGGGCCUCAAGAUGACCCCGCGCCGACAGAGCCGGCUGUUCUGUCGAUACUACAACAACAAUCGUCACCCCAGGUUUGUGCUGGCGCCGGUCAAACAGCAAGACGAGUGGGACCGCCCCUACAUCGUUCGCUACCUCGACAUCAUCUCCGAUGCAGAAAUCGAGAAAGUCAAGCAACUGGCAAAACCACGACUAAGGCGAGCCACGGUGCAUGACCCUCAAACGGGGAAACUUACCACAGCCCAAUACAGAGUCUCCAAGAGUGCUUGGCUCACAGGCUACGAGGAUCCUGUGAUUGAAAGGAUCAAUGAGAGAAUUGAGGGCAUUACAGGUCUGGAAGUUGACACAGCAGAAGAACUCCAGGUUGCAAAUUACGGUGUUGGAGGGCAAUAUGAACCUCACUUUGACUUCGGAAGGAAAGAUGAGCCAGAUGCGUUUAAAGAACUUGGAACUGGAAAUCGUAUUGCAACAUGGCUUUUUUAUAUGAGUGAUGUGACUGCAGGGGGCGCCACAGUAUUCCCAGACGUAGGUGCAGCUGUUUGGCCUAAAAAGGGUACUGCUGUGUUCUGGUACAAUCUUUUUGCCAGCGGGGAAGGAGACUAUAGCACCCGGCAUGCAGCCUGUCCAGUGUUAGUGGGCAACAAGUGGGUAUCGAACAAGUGGAUCCACGAACGAGGUCAGGAGUGGCGGCGACCCUGCAGCCUGAAUGAAACUGAAUAAUGUAUUUUUUUUUUUAAGAAAAAAACAACCCUUCCCAUUGAAUCCCUUACCCCUUGCCUCAUUCUUGUAAACCACCGAGGACCAGAGAACUCUGCAACUCGUCACAGAUGAUCCAUGGGGUCCAAAUGGAUCCCUUCAUCCUUCCCUGUCUGACUGUCAGCAAACAGUCGGUUCUGCUCCUCACCUGUUUUCUGUCUGUGAGCCCGGAGAUUGUUUUGAUAACAUCGAGCCCCCUGGACAGCGUUCGCGUCGCUGUGACAGAUAGCAUGUUCUUAGGGUCGUCGGAUUGGUUUUGAGAAACACUCGAGCUUUGUUCAUUCCCAUGAGUCUUUUUCUGCACUCUGAAUGAACUCCAGCUCUCUGUGGUGAGGUUAUCCUUCAGUUUGUGACUGCAGGGGCCAGCUUCCCUCUCUUUAAAUUGAAUGGUAAAGGAUUCUUUUUCUUCUUCUUCUUUUUUGCAUUUUUAUGUGGCCUGUUUGAAUUAUUUUGUUUGACUGAUGUGACCCUAGACCCUUAAGAGUUUUUGGAAACUGUAAAAUUUUAGACAGUAAAAAAAAGUAACAGUUGUAAAACUAGUAAGUUCACUGAAUUUUUAUUUUUAAAUCUCAAACAUUUUUUAAACUUCAUGCAGUGUUAAAUUAAAAACCUUAGAUGGUGCAUGAACAAACAAAAAUCAUCCUGUACAAGGAGCAUUCAGAGCAAAGUUUUCAUCUUUUGCUAAAUCUAUGCAGUACUUUAUCGCAUGUUGCACAUUAUACUAUCUGCCGAGCUUUUCCCCCAGUGUUUACACUGUGACUUCACUCUGAAAGUUAUAAAUGAGGUUGUGCAUAAACAACGCGUGUUUAUAAAGUCAUGCAAAAUCCCAUCUGCAUACAAUCCAGUGUAGUCUGUUGUACUGUUUCAUGAGUUCAAGUUGGUGUUUAAUUAUCCUGCAUAAAGUUUGAUGCAAAAUCAAUAAUUAUCAGCUGUUAUUAAGUAAAUAAGAGCAAGGGAACAAACACUAACCAUCACAGCCUUAAAAUCUCUGGGGGGGGGUUUAUUGAUUGUGGUAUGUCUGUAAGUGUGAACAUAUUUGGAUUUUCCAGAUAUGCUUUUUAUUUAUAUGUCCCAAGUCAACUUUUAAAUGUCUUUUCUAUAAUAAAGACCUUUUACUGACA